UUGGAAAAGUGACCUUGAUGAAAACUAAACUGUUUCAGUGCACCGACUCAUUUUUCCCAGCAUGUUAUAGCAGCAGCAUGUGAAACGGCUUACUGGAAACUUAAAGUUUAACAUUAGUUCAUCUUCAAAGUUUUAGAGAUUUUAAUACAUGUUUUUUUUUUUAAAACAAUCUGCCCUGUAAAUUACAAGCACUAUUUAUUUGGAAUUUACUAUUUGGAAGGAUUUUUUUAUUAAUGGUCUCCAUGGUGAAUUUGGAGAAAGUCCAGCUGAGCAAGCAGAGCAAGACCUUGACAGACUCACUUGAACUUUCGGCUCUGCUGGAUAAUUCAGACGAUGAAUACCUCAGCACUCAGUCUGAGUGUAAACGUGACACACAAGCUUUUCAUUGUCACAGCCUGAAAGACACAAGCUUGAAGCACCAGGACAAAACACAGGCCCGGAGAAAGUUACUCAUCACAUGUGUUGUGUGCUUGAUCUUCAUGAUCGGAGAAGUCAUUGGUGGAUAUGCUGCUCACAGUCUCGCUAUAAUGACUGAUGCUGCUCAUCUUCUCACUGACUUUGGCAGCGUUUUGAUCAGUCUCUUCUCGCUGUGGAUUUCCUCCAGACCACCUUCCAAACAUCUGACCUUCGGAUGGCAUCGAUCAGAGGUUUUAGGGGCUCUUCUAUCUGUUCUGUCCAUCUGGACUGUGACGGUGGUUCUUGUUCUCAUCGCUGUUCAGAGGAUCAUCAGUGAUGAUUAUGAGAUACACAGUGGUGUCAUGUUAAUCACAGCUGGAUGUGCUGUAGCACUCAACAUCUUUUUGGCUUUUAUUCUCCACCAGUCUCCGGUUCAUCACUCUCACAGCUCUCUCAGUGUCUCGGGUCAUUCUCACAGCCUCACAGAAGAUCACAGAAACACCAGCGUGAGGGCUGCUUUUAUUCAUGUGCUGGGAGAUUUACUGCAAAGUUUAGGCGUGCUGCUGGCUGCCGUGAUCAUCUACUUCAGGCCUGAAUGGAAAAUAGCAGAUCCAAUUUGUACUUUUCUGUUUUCAAUACUUGUGCUUGGAACAACACUCACCAUCUUGAAAGACAUAUUCAAAAUACUCAUGGAAGGAGUCCCACAUGGUGUUGACUUUGACUCAGUGAAUGACGAUCUACUGGCAGUGGGUGGAGUCAAAUCUACACACAGUCUGCGCAUGUGGUCUCUAACCACAAGUGAAACGCAUCUCUCCGUUCAUGCAGUCAUAGGUAAAACGUGCAAAUUCAAAUGCUUCUCCAAAAAUGGCUGUUUAACCCAAACAAAUGAUUUAAUUUCCAGACGAACAAACCAACCCACAGACUGUGGUGAUGAACAUGACCAAACUGCUCCAAACAGAAUAUGGAUUCAGCAAUAUCACCAUUCAAACAGAGUCUUAUUGCUUACAGUGCCAGGAGCCAAUGGACUGACAUGGGAUUUUAGCUUCUCAUUAAACGUGUAUAAUACAUAUUUAUGAAUAUACAUUUUUACAAUAAAUGUUAGUUUUUCUAAGGCACAAGUUU